AUGGCAGGUCUUAGAACACACUAUAAGAAAAAAGCGGCUGGAUUCGGCAAUUUAGAAGAGUUGAGAAUUAUAAAAUCUUUUGAAAAAGAAAAUGCAAGAAAACUAAGGCGUUUGGACGCAUAUAAUGUUAAUAGAAAAAUCAUCGGAGCAGGUUCUCCGGUUACAUCCAGCAUCGGGCACAUGAAAAACGUACAAGAUGGACCUAAAGAUCAAAUCGUCCAAGAAGAUAGACGAAUGAAAUUGUUGAGAUGGAGGGUAAAAAGAGAUUUGCAAAAAGAAAUUCAAAAAGCAAUGAAACCACCAGUAUUGUGUGUUGGAGUUUGUCACGAUAAACUAAAUUCCUCUAGGUUCCUACACCAAAGUCUAUCAGCAUUUAAACCUAUCAAAUCAACGAUGUCACCCAGAAUCACUAGAGCCACUGCAAAAAGGCUGGCAUCGGAAGCUUGUGUGAAGGCACGUUCACCUGAUGCUACUAUUAUUUUAAGGAAUAAAAAAAUAAUCACAAAAUUUUUGGAUCAAGGGAUCGUACACAAAGCUUCGAAAAAAAUAAUAAAUAUUCCAGGCAGUUCAUUUGCACCAGAAAAUUAUGUGUUUAGACCGCCGGCCUGUUUACCGUCCCUGCAUUUGCUUAAUCAGGCAGCAUUGAAACAGCCGAAAAAAGAUCUUUACACGACGGUUACUCCUAAAUUCUGCUCACCUUGUAUUCUCUAUGCUCAAAAGAAAAAAGCUUUAAGACAAAAACUGCUGCAGCAACCCAACACUAAGACUGAUACUGUGCUAAUGCAAUCUGAACGUGAUGAAUUACUAACUGCUGCAGCGUUUGAAAAAGACGAAGAGCGAACACCACCAUAUUUUAGAAAAGUCACAGACGGAGAAGUUAUGAGACUAAAAGCUCUCUGUUGGGAUUGGAUGAUGAUAACAUCUGCACCUGAUACCCCAGAAGAUGCUCAAUGUAUGAUAAAUCACGUAAUUGGUCGAUCAAAUCUAUUGAUCAACAAAGAGGUAAAACUAUUUCGAAAACUCAUAACCGAAUGUGAAACUGGUUCGCAAGAAGAAUUGGUAACCAAUGACGACUUGCAAUGUUUCUGGGACAUCAUUUACAUGCAACUCGAAGACUGUCACUCUAGGUUUGGCAAAUUGAAUCAAUUAAAAGAAAGAAAUUGGCAAGAGGCUAAAUAA